AUCACGCUGAUCAAGACGGGUCUGUUUGAGGUGGCAACGAUACGUUUCUCGACAGUGGCCGACACGAAGACCAACAUGGUGUACUGGUGGACCACGGGGGACAAGUUCUCCCUGGAGGAUGCUCAUAAGAUGCCCCUGGGCAACCUGUUUGACUUGCUCUUUGAUUUUGCUCGGAGGGUCAACCGAAUGCUGCUGGAUGAUAGCGAAUACGCUCUUCUCUCUGCCGUGGUCAUCAUGUCACCAGAUCGGCCGGGACUGAAGAAUCGCGAACGUGUCAAGCAGCUGCAGUUAGAGCUCCUGCACGCCCUUCAUUACGAGGUGUCCCAGAACCACCCAGAGGAGCACGGACUCUUCGCCCGCCUGCUGACCACCAUCCCUAAGCUGCGAGAGAUCGGCCCCGAACACAUCCGCAGACUCAUGGAGCUCAAGAUCAAGUCACCUGGGUUCCAGUUCCCGGCGCUACACGCGGAAGUCUUUGACCUCAACAGCUCGUAGUACAUUGUCGCAAGCACGGCAAGUUUGGUUGGUACUGCUCCAACUGUGAGUUGAUUGUAUGAGCAAUAUAACUGUGAAAUCAGCACUGGAAAAACAAGUUCAAGAGUUUUUGUGUUCAGUCAAUACCCUUAUUCUUGACCUUAUUUUCCGAUUUAUGGUCAGUCAUAUAACACAGCUGUUUACAAAUCACAUAUAAGUAGAUAUUUAGGUCUCCCUAAAGAUAGGCAGUUUACACCUUUUGUUCAUUGUUAGAGUGGUACUUAUAUUCUAUCUGCAUCUGCCUGACCAACAAGGCUGCAUUUCAGUUACCAAUAAGCAAGAUUUUGUAAAAGUCUUCUGACCAAAAUUGUUUGAAAUUUUAAAAACUGCGGACCUCACAUGGGGAAACAAACCAACCGUCAUACAUGUAUGUAUGACAAGUUUGCGUUCUGAUUCCCUUUAAACUACAAGAAAAGUUGCCCGGCUUUUAAAACUCGGAGGAGCAUGGUAAUUUUUUUAAUUA